GCGUAGCAUUAACAUUAACUGUAACUCAGCAGAAGCCCAAAGAAGCCUAAAUAUCAUCGCCUUGCAGAAGAACGUUCUCAUAUUGCACUAGUCUUAGUCCUGCAAGUGCAUCGCUAUACCAUUGGGUAUUCCUGUGACAACUACCGGUAUCGCUUAUUUCGAUAUAACAAAAAGUAAUCGCUCUCGUGUGUCGGGCCGAAGCAUCGCAGCUGUCAUUGCAGCGUCACAAACACCGCAACCUCAGCAACAAGACGACGCAAUGGCGGACACAAGCGACACGUCAGACAUCCCCAUUGUGCCGCUGAUCGGUGUGCAAAAGCCCGCGGAAUCACUUGUAUCCCCCAUCGAUCGCCGCAGCGACUUCUACCGUCACGCCGCCCUAGUCGUGCCACACCCGCCCGUCGCCCAACCGCUCAUGACGCUGCCCAACAUCCUCACCUUCUUCCGGCUGCUGCUGGUGCCGGUUCUGCUGGGGGUGUGGGAGCUGAGCCACCGACUGACUCCCAGUCUGUGUGCGGUCAUCUUCAUCGCGGCCAGCGUGACGGAUUACUUUGAUGGCUACUUGGCACGGAAGCUCAAGAUUGCAACGGUGUUUGGCGCCUUCUUGGAUCCCGUGGCGGAUAAGAUCAUGGUAGCCACCGCGCUGGUGUUGCUGGCGGUGUCACCCCCGCCCCCCUGGACGCCCGCCCUCAUGACGGCCCCCGUGGUGCUCAUCAUAUGCCGGGAGAUCACCAUGAGCGCGCUGAGGGAGUGGGCGGCGGCGGCGGGGGGAGGCGCGUCAAAGGCUGUCAAGGUCAACACGCUGGGCAAGUGGAAAACGGCGCUGCAGAUGGUGUCCAUGUCCGUACUGCUGGUGGUACGACAACCCAUUGGGGACCUGCUGGCGGACCGGGCAGACUCCACGCUCUUUUUGUCCUUGAGCCGCGGGGCUUAUGUGGGGCUGUGGGGCGGAGUGGUGCUGGGGCUCUGGUCUCUGGCCAUCUACUUUGCGAACGUGUGGGUGCAUUUUGUAUACCCGGAGGUGAAGAAACACAACUGAUGUGUGACCCGUGGGUCAGAGGCGAUGGAAGUUGGCGCAUGGCAUGGCAGGGGGCCGUGCGACGUGCUCCUGCGCUUUUGAAUGAUGAGGUUUCGUCGUCAGCAGCAGCUUGUUUGUGGUUCCUUUUCCAGAGCGAGCGAGCGAGAGAGAGGGAUUGUGUGCCGUGUUUCGUUUUGCUGGUUGCGCGUCUGGUUAUUGAUUUUUUAAAACUUUGUGUUUGUUUCCGUCCUCAAAAACUUGUGGAAAAGAAGCUGUGUUUGUUUCUGUGUUUUCAAGGCUUGCGAGGAAGAGAUUGGGAACUCAAGUGGGAAGAGAAGAGCGUGUGUGUGUGUGCGAGUCAAAGAUGUUAGGCGAGGGUGGGCAACGCAGGCACCGAGGGUACCGUACGGCAGGGGGGAUGUGGAGUUUCGCAGGGGCACACGAGGCGGCGGGAUGAAGUAGGAGCACAGGAGUCGGGCGGGG